AUGGCAUCGAUGAAGUUUGAUCUACCGCUGCUAGAUUACAAGACGAGAUUUACGCUGUGGCAAGUCAAGAUGCGGGCAAUUCUGGCACAAUCUUCGGAUCUUGAUGAGGCGCUGGAUGGUUUCAGAGGCAAAGGACAAAAGUCAUGGACCGCUGAAGAGAAGCAAAAUGAUCGUAAGGCUCUGUCUCUGAUUCAACUUUAUCUACAUAAUGAUAUUUUGCAAGAAGUGCUGCAGGAGAAAACUACCGCAGAACUUUGGCUCAAGCUAGAAUCGAUCUGCAUGUCCAAGGAUCUAACCAGUAAGAUACACAUGAAGAUGAAGUUGUUCACGCACAAGCUGCAAGAAGGUGGUUCGAUGAUGAACCACUUAACGAUCUUUAAGGAGAUCGUUGCCGACCUAGUGUCGAUGGAGAUCAAGAUGCAUGAUGGCAUGAUACGCACACUGAAAAAUGUGAGACACAUAUCAGGGAUGGCCAGAAAUCUUAUCUCCCUCAACACACUUGAUGUCGAGGGAUACAAACACUCUGGUUCAGGUGGAGUGUGUAAGUACUCACCUCCUGUUUUGCAGCCUCAAAAUCAGUCUAUUGCAGAUCGCAGAACAAAGAGGAAUUGUGGACCUCGUCCACGUUUAAUUGAGGAAUGUGAUAUUGUUCAUUAUGCCUUUAGUUGUGCUGAACAGGUGGAGAACAUUCAUGAGCCGGCUACAUACACUGAAGCUGUUGUUUCUAGUGACCACAAGAAGUGGAUUUUCGCUAUGCAAGAGGAGAUGCAGUCACUCGAGAAAAAUGACACAUAG